GUCUAAUAGCAGAUUUAUGUAGGCAAUCUUUCUGAUCUUCACGGCCUUCACUUGUGUCCUCCACACUGCGAUUUAUGUAGGCAAAUUAUCUGUGCGAUUGUAAUAACAGAUUUAUUCCUCGAAUUAAGUUCAUUAAAAGAAUGAGCUCUUGGGUAUAUUUAUCUAUUCUAUUGAGUACUACAGACAUGAAAUGCCCAUCAAGCCAUUAUAUUAGUUGCUGAAGGAUGAAUUUUGUAUCCUUCAUUACUCUGUAUGGACUCAACUGAAGCAGCCAAGCCUUGCAGAUUUGGGGACAAGUGUACUAGUGAUAUCACUCUGCACUUGAGAAAUACUAGUGGUAGACUUGAAUGGUUCUACUCCCACUUUAUUCUCAUAAACAAGAGCAAGUUCUUUGCUGAUCAGAUCUCCAGUCCUGAUGUAAAUUACAACUAUCAUGUUAGUCUUUUGACAUUGUUGGAUCUCUCUUCAGAGUUGCUUCUGGAGUCCGUGGACCCUGUUGAAUCUGCUGUUGGUAUUCUUCAGAUACAGUUUACAUUGCAUUGUAAAGAGAUCAGGGAUUGCUGCAUCCAGUAUUUGGAGGCUAUUUCUAGUAAGACGGAUGAGGAAGAAAUUAUAAAUGCAGUCUCAGAACUGGGUCCAGUAGCAAUGCCCAUUUUAUCGAGAAUUCAACCUCUAGAUAUAAUUGCAUCGAAAAAUGCUUUCAUUUUAGCGGUUCAGUUCGCCAUGUCCUUUGACGGAGCAUCUCCUCCAUUCGGAGAUGAUCUUAAAACCUCUGCUCAAGAACAGGUUGAGUACAUGCUGGGGGCAGAUGAGCAUACCCCAUUAGUUACAGCUGAUGAUGAAGUGAAAUCAGUAGUAAGAAUGGGCCUCUCAAAAGUUUGCUCUUCGUUCGAAACUGAAUUAUCUUCCAUGCUUUUGGAGUCGGAUCUCACAUCUCAAACUAUAGAAGGUAAAGCCCUGCGGAGUCUACAUGACAUCGAAUGGAUGUGUAACAUCUUAUCAAGGAUGGAUUUAAUGAAGGACUUUGUUUGUAACUGGGCAGAGAUCUCUGGUAAGGUUUUAGAGAUAGUAGAGGAUAAGAAACCAGGAUCUGCAAUGCUGGGUUUGAAAGUAACGCUAAUAGAAGUGACAAGCAAAGUGUUGGAAACAGUAGAGUACGGGAAUGUAAUCCUUCCAGCUUUGGGCCGGCUGCAAUUGCUAAAUUCAUGGCUCCCAUUUAUCCGAAAGAUAAAAGUGAUUUUGGACACAACAAACAAGGAGCAAUUGAGCAAUACAUACAAGAUGGAGGAAGAGACGUGGGGAAACAUUGAGGGAGCAAUUGUGUCAUUGGUACUGGCAUUGCCAUCAAAUGACCAAGCUAAUGUUUUUGCAUAUUGGAUAAAGACAGAACACGUGAGAUAUCCUGAUUUGAGUGAGGCAUUUGAAAUUUGGUGUUAUAGGACUAAGUCUGCAAAGAGAAGAUUGUUGGAGGGAUCUGAGAAUGUUGGCAAUGCCACUGUCAGUCUUUGAUUAGUUUAAUUUGAUGGGCCUGUUGUUGUUGAUCAAUUUAGUUGUAUUGAAUUGCAUAAUCCUCUUUUUCAUAAUAAUAGUAGCAAUAUAUAAUUGAAAAUUCUUCA